UCUGGGGCUUGGUCGCCGGUUGCGUCCCUUCCCGACCGCAGCCCGCCGACUCCGCACCCGCGCUCGGGCCACCGCGCCGGCCUCGCCGCCGCUCCCGCCUCGAGGUGCCGCACCCGCUCCGGGGCUCGGGCCGCUGCACUCGCCUCAUCUGGGGAGCCCUCUCCCUCGCCCCCAAAGUUUUUGGGUUCGUUGGAAUUUUUGGAUUCCGAUUUUUUUUUUGCACCUAGGAAUUUGGAAUACUUUUGUAAAUUGAUCGCACUUUCUCUUCGCUAGCUCUCUGUUCCCCUCCUCUUUUUUUUGUUACCCCUGCUUCAAGCAGGGGCUUCCAAGAGGCUUCUGGUGGAUAAAGUUUUCCAAAGUUUUCGAGUGUGGUGGUUGCAGGGAGAACAAGCCCAUCAUCAUCUUGACUUGUCUCCUCACCACUCGGAAAGCAGCCCUAAGCCCGCGUAAAGGAACAAACAAACAAACAAAGUUACACCUCGAGUCGCCUCCUGUCUUCUCUCCCUUCUUCUAGGCAAUCUUUUUCCUCCCUCUCUUUGCUCACCUCCCAUCCUCCAGGUCCCUUCCCUCCGCCUCAUAUUCCUCCUUUGGGUUUCGCCGAAAGGUGCCCGGACCCCUGGCAGCAGCCUCCCCUCCCCCGCCACUCUAGACAGGCCCUCCCCUCCCCCGUCCCGGCCAGCACAGCCAAUCCCCCGUGCGGCCGCCAACAUGCUCUUUGAGGGCUUGGAGCUGGUGUCGGCGCUGGCCACCCUCGCCGCGUGCCUGGUGUCGGUGACGCUGCUGCUGGCCGUGUCGCAGCAGCUGUGGCAGCUGCGCUGGGCUGCUACCCGAGACAAGAGCUGCAAGCUGCCGAUCCCCAAAGGUUCCAUGGGAUUCCCGCUCAUCGGAGAGACCGGCCACUGGCUGCUCCAGGGGUCUGGUUUCCAGUCUUCGCGCCGGGAGAAGUAUGGUAAUGUGUUCAAGACACACUUGCUGGGGCGGCCGCUGAUCCGGGUGACUGGUGCGGAGAACGUGCGCAAGAUCCUCUUGGGAGAACACCAGCUCGUGAGCACCGAGUGGCCGCGCAGCGCACGCGUGUUGCUGGGUCCCAACACGGUGGCCAACUCCAUUGGCGACAUUCACCGCAACAAGCGCAAGGUCUUCUCCAAGAUCUUCAGCCAUGAGGCACUGGAGAGCUACCUGCCCAAGAUCCAGCUGGUGAUCCAGGACACGCUUCGUGCCUGGAGCAGCCAGCCCGAGGCCAUCAAUGUGUACCAGGAGGCACAGAGACUCACCUUCCGAAUGGCUGUCCGAGUGUUGCUUGGCUUCAGCAUCCCCGAGGAGGACUUGGCUCACCUCUUCGAGGUCUACCAGCAGUUUGUGGAGAAUGUCUUCUCCUUGCCUGUGGACCUGCCCUUUAGUGGCUACCGGAGGGGCAUCCAAGCUCGGCAGAUCCUGCAGAAAGGGCUAGAGAAAGCCAUCCGUGAGAAACUGCAGUGUACCCAGGGCAAGGACUACUCAGAUGCCCUGGAUAUCCUUAUUGAGAGCAGCAAGGAACACGGCAAGGAGAUGACCAUGCAAGAACUGAAGGAUGGGACCCUGGAGCUGAUUUUUGCAGCCUAUGCCACCACAGCCAGUGCCAGCACGUCACUGAUCAUGCAACUGCUGAAGCACCCGGCAGUGCUGGAGAAGCUUCGGGAGGAGUUGCGGGCCCAGGGCCUGCUUCACAGUGGUGGCUGCCCCUGCGAGGGCACCUUGCGCCUGGACACGCUCAGCGGCUUGCGCUACCUGGACUGCGUCAUCAAGGAAGUCAUGAGACUGUUCACGCCCAUCUCGGGUGGCUAUCGCACAGUGCUGCAGACCUUCGAGCUUGAUGGUUUCCAGAUCCCCAAAGGUUGGAGUGUCAUGUACAGCAUCCGGGACACCCACGACACUGCACCUGUGUUCAAGGAUGUGAAUGUGUUCGACCCUGACCGCUUCAGCCAGGCACGCAGCGAGGACAAGGAUGGCCGCUUCCAUUAUCUCCCAUUCGGUGGUGGUGUGCGGACCUGCCUGGGCAAGCAUCUGGCCAAGCUGUUCCUGAAGGUGCUGGCCGUGGAGCUUGCUAGCACCAGCCGCUUUGAGCUGGCCACUCGGACCUUCCCUCGCAUCACCCUGGUCCCUGUCCUGCAUCCUGUAGAUGGCCUCAGCGUCAAGUUCUUUGGCCUGGACUCCAACCAGAAUAAGAUUCUCCCUGAGACGGAGGCCAUGCUGAGUGCUACGGUGUAGCCAGUGUGGCUUCAUUCUGGCCUCAGCCCAGCCCAGCAGAGGGGUGGGGGACAGAGCUAGAAACCUGUGUGUGGGAGUGGCUGGAUUGGAGACCAACAGUCUCCGGUGCCUGCCCUCCUCUGGCCUUUUCCCUGGUAAGCGCUCCCCAAAGCCAAAAGGACCCUGUCCUUCCUGGGCCCAGGACCCCUCCUGGCUCCUGCUCACUUGGAUCUCCAGCUCCCAUCACUGUACCUCCUUCUCACAUAGCUCCUGGGACAGGGCCGGGAUAGGGCCCGAAUAGGGCUUUUAUGCCCGAGACAGUGUUAGCGCCAGUCAGCUAUGCUGCAGUGUGUGCUUAUGGCCUUCUGAGGGGUCCUUUUCCUGCCCCCUUUGUCUUUUUGUUGGUGGUUAGGUGGUUGUGUAGGCAGGACGGAGGGAAAGAUGUGGUCUUUUGGAGCACUCUUUCCCAUCCCCUCUCCUGCCACUGCUUAGAUGGUGUCCAGAACAGUGUCCUAGGGAAUCCCAUCCAAGCCACCCUGCGUGGAGUGGGAGCUGCCACCAGCCUGGAGAGUGCCCUGUACCAGUGCAGCCAGUUUGGACAUUGGAAAUUGCCUGUUGCUGCUAUUUGUUCUCUCUUCUGACUUUGGGGUACAGGAGCCCCAGGCCUGAUCCCAAGUAUCUUCUUUGUCAGCCUUGGCCACACUGACAACCCACCCAUUAUGGGACCCACUGAGUCAUGUGGCUGCUGGCUAUAGUUGGGCCUGGCUAUCCAUCCCUGCUCCCUAGCCCAUAUUUAUUCACUAUACUGAGAUCUGGAAUGAAUAUCCCCUCCAGCCUCCACCCUCCAACCUAGCUGCUCCCCGCAGGAUCUCUGAGGCAAGAAGACAGGGUCUCAGGUCUAAUCCAGCUCCCUGGUGGGGGUGGAUCAGCCCUCCUAGGCUCCAGGCAAAUGAUUUGGUUUAAUCUCAGAGUCAGACACCCAGCGUUGUCGUCUGUACCACUACCACCUCCCAGUCUGUCAAAGCCCCAGGCAUGUGACUCCAGAGGCAACCAGAGACAAUGGCCACUUCCUGUCAGUCACUGCCUGCCCACAUGCCAAUUGCUUCACUGGUGAGAAUGAGGAAGGGUACAGGUUCCUUCUUCCCAUGGGGCUCCAUAUUCCCUUCCUUCACCCUCACUCUUUGCCCUUAGCCCUUGGAAAAUGUCCCCAAGUCCUUACCCCUCUAUGCCACUAUGUGCUAAGCCCAGCUCAGGGUGUGGGGCGAAGAUGAAAGCAAAGAGGUGAGAUAGAGAGCCUUCCCUCUGAGCUGGCCUUGGCCCUGUGGGGUCUGGAGGUGCUGCAGGGGUUAGGGGUGCAGGGAGAAUGAAAGAGGAGGAGAAAGAGGAAGACAAGGACAUAAGGGAGAUUUGUCAGAAGUGGUUCAGUUGCAGAUGGGCCGUGGGGAUGACUGGGUGGAAGAGAAGUGGUUCCCACCACUGGCAGUUUGAGUGCUGGCAACUCGGGACUCCUCCUGGGAACAGUUUGGGGACCUUUGGUGAGUCUACAGGCAAUUUUGUCUGUUUUCAGAUUUUUCUUUGUCCUUGGCAUUUCGCCAUUGCUUUUGGAAGUUACAAAUGCAAAGGAGCCUUUUCACAAGAAAGUAAAAAUCACAGAAUGACACAGCCCACUCCAACCUUUGAUGGCCACCAAGGCAGUUCCUGCUGCAUGGGGGUCCAGUGGACAAACCCUGCCCACCUCUCCCUAGCAGUAGGACACACCACACGGGAUGUCCUGUGAUCCACGUUUCCCAAAUGUUUCACUGGUGGUCUGCUUUUCCAUGACAAAACCAACCAACCACCACCACCACCACCAACAACAACAACAAAAUGGUAGAACAGACAUUACCGGCGAAAUAAUUUGGGGAAAAAAAAAACCCUAAAGUAGACUCCCUCAGUCUUCCCCCCAUCCUGAAACAGACCAAAAUGUGUAGAGACUCAUCAAAGCAUGUGAAACAUCUGCAUACUGCCCCACAGUCUCUUACCCACAAAAAGGCCAGUGUCUGGUGAGUUGAUUUUCCAGCAGGCUGACCCCACUUGCCCUGAACCAGCUGUUUCAGACUGAAUCUGUGGGUUGCAGUAAGUCUGGCUCUGACAGAGGGGCUGGAGGGCCCUGGCAGGCCUCAGGGGGCCCUCCAUUUUGGGGGGCCAGCCUGGGAGGGACAGAGAAGGAAAAGCUGAGUGGGAUCCCCAUGAGGGACAAAGGAAGGAAAAGUGUCUGCCCAGCUGGGUCUCAAAGGUAACAGGCAUCCGUGGGUGUGCUGCUUCGUCUCGCCUCUGUAGAUGUGUGUCUGUUCUGUGUUCGUGUGUUUCAUGACAGUAGCAUUAGAAGGGUGUUGUAUUCUCAUUUACAUUCCUAACUAUUGUAACUUGACAUUUAAAAAAACCCCACAGAACUCUUCCUGCCACGGGCUUGCGGAUCAAAGCACUUUCAAAGUUAGGCGCUGGCACACGUGUGCAUUCUGGGCAACCAUUUUGACCCCGCCCAGAUUGUUGUGUUAUUUUAUACACAAAACUUUUUUUCAUAAAUGUUAUAAUUUUGUGUCUGUCUUUAUAAACUAUAAUAAGUACUAUUUUUGUUAUAAUUCAAAUAGAUAUUUAGUAUAAAGUUGUUGUUAAAUAUUUGUUAUUUAGUAAAAUAUGAAUUGUUCUCUAUUGUAAACAUGGUUCAAAAUAUUAAUAUGUUUUUAUCACAGUUGUUUUAAUAUUGAAAAAGCACUUGUUUGUUUCAUUUUGGUAUGAACUGGUGCCGUGUGUGUGUUUUGGCUGUCAUGUGGUUUUGAUGUAUAUAUAAUAUUCCAUGUUUCAUAUUACAACAAUGAAUGCCAUGCAUUUUGGGAUCCUGAAAAUACUCAAUGUGGCUCUUUAUUGGCUUCCAUAAUAAACCGUGGGG